GCAGCAUCGACGCCGACCACCAAAUCGGGGCUCACCGCUGCGUCUAGAGCAUCCAUUGCACAAACCAACGUGUGUAGCAGCGUCCAGACGCGUCGUGUAAGCUGCCGAGCCGCUCGCUGCUGCACCGACGACGUCCGACGCCCCAAACUCAAAAAUUAUCAAAAAACAUCUCCCAGCGGUUACGCCGGUCGCUGCGGCUUUUAGAAUUGAAAAAGACCGACAACACACCGCGCAGGCAACACACCAUGGCGGCCAAUGGAGAAAAGCAAAAGUUCCUGCUCUACGGCAAGAACGGCUGGAUCGGCGGCAUGUUGAUUGAGCUCAUCAAGGCCGCGGGUGACGAAGUUGUCCUCGGCGACGCCAGAUUGGAGAACAGAGAAGCAGUAGCCGCGGAGAUCGACGCCGUCAAGCCGACUAGAGUCCUCAACGCGGCCGGCGUCACCGGCCGGCCCAACGUCGACUGGUGCGAGUUCAACAAGCAGACGGUCAUCCGCACGAACAUCAUUGGCUGUCUCAAUUUAGCUGAUUUGUGCUGGCAGCGCCAGCUCCACUGCACGCUCUAUGCCACGGGGUGCAUCUUCGAAUACGACGACGCCCAUCCGCUCGGCGGCGGCGUCUCGACGGCCUUCACGGAGGAGGACCGGGCCAACUUCACGGGAUCCUACUACUCAUUGACCAAGGGCUUCUGCGAGGAGAUGCUGCGGGCUUACCUCGAUCACUUGACGGUCUUACGUGUCCGCAUGCCCAUCUCGGACGACCUGUCGCCGCGCAACUUCAUCACGAAGAUCAGCAAAUAUGAGAAGGUCGUGAACAUCCCGAACAGCAUGACCGUCUUGCACGACCUCCUCCCGGCCUCAUUAGCUCUCUCCAAGCGCAAGCUCAGCGGCAUCUACAACUUCUGCAACCCGGGGGCCAUCUCGCACAACGAGUGCCUCGAGCUGUACAAGAAGCACGUCGACCCGGACUACACCUGGACGAAUUUUACCUUAGAAGAGCAGGAUAAGAUCCUCGCGGCCAAGCGCUCGAACAACGAGCUCGACUGUUCGAAGUUGGUGAACGCCCUGCCCGACCUCGAGAUCCCGGAGAUCCACGUCGCCGUGGACCGCUGCUGCGCGCGCAUGAAGAAGAACCUCGACGCCCAGGGCUGGAAGCCGACGCCGCGCGGGUCCUAGAGCUAGGUGGGUCCCUGGGGGCGGCCUAAAGGGACGUCUCUCUG